CGCUUCUUGAAAUUAAAAUAAGGAACUUGGUAGCUUAGUGGAAUCAGUGUCAGCCGUAUUUUUUCUUGAGUUAAUUUGGUUCACUGUGGGGUUGAUAAGUAAUCAGUUAAAGGAGAACGUACAAGAUGUAUGACGCACAGGGUGAUGAAGAGACAGGAGGACAGUCCAAUGAUUUUGUUGAUCUAAAUGCAUUUGAUGAUAAAAAUGUUCGGCUGGGUUUUAUACGUAAAGUCUAUGCUAUAUUAUGUAUUCAGUUAUGUGUAACUAUGUGUAUUAUGUCUCUGUUUCUUUUUAUUGAUCCCGUCAGAAUUUAUUCUCAACACAAUCCCUGGAUCUGGUACCUUGCCAUGGUAUUAACUAUAAUAAUAUUGAUAGUAUUGGCUUGUUGCUCUGAUGUCAGAAGGCAAUAUCCACUUAAUAUGAUACUACUUGGAGCUUUUACAUGUUGUGAAGGUGUAUUACUGGGAGCUGUUGCUAGUCAUUAUGAAGCUGUAGAAGUUAUAAUUGCAGUAGGGGUUACAGCAAUUGUAGUGCUUGGCUUAACAAUAUUUGCUUUUCAAACCAAAUGGGAUUUUACCAUGUGGGGAGGAAUUUUAUUUGUGUUCCUGAUAGUUUUGUUCUGUUUUGGAAUCCUGGCAUUAAUCUUCCAGAAUAAAAUUGUGAAUAUGGUCUAUUCAUGUCUUGGUGCUCUUCUCUUCUCAUUUUAUUUGGUCUUUGACACACAGUUAAUGUUAGGAGGAAAACACAAGUAUUCGUUAUCACCUGAAGAAUAUAUCUUUGCAGCUCUUAAUCUGUACCUAGACGUUGUGAACCUCUUUUUGUUUAUCUUAUCCAUUGUGGGUAAUGUAAGGCGCUAG